UCGCAAUCCUUCUUCACAGCCUCUCACGUUGAGGAUAGAGAGAGAAAGGGGAGAAACGAGACGGGCACACGAAGAAGAAGAAGAAGACGAAGAAGAAGGGGAGUAGCACAACGAACCAUGGCAGUAUCCAAAACGUCUCAGCUUGAGAUAGUGUCCGAUCACAGUGCACCUCCACCUCCACCGUCGACCACUGCACGGAGCAUGCAUCCGCACAAUAGACAGAGUCCAGAUGAAUGAGGAGCUAUCUACCUGGGCCGUGGACAAAAUGAGGGUCAUCUUCAUCCAAAACGCCGGUUUCGUCGCAGCUUUCUCGCCUUUUAGAUGUGAGUUGGUGAUGUUGGCAGCGUUUAGGACGACAGAUAGUGUGAACGAGACAGAAAUAAACACAACUAGGUCAUGCCAGUCAAUGGAGGAGUGAGGAGAUCGAUCUAUUUAGCUAGUUUUGACUUUAUUAGAAUAGAGCUUGCACGUUCAUAAUAGUCCAUUUAUAUCGAAAGUGUAUUCAGCUUUUGGCAUGCAGUCUGCUGUCGACAUCUGAAGACAUUUCUACCACAAAAUUGGCAUUAGAAUUGUUAUUAUUUUAAUCAUUUAUUAUAGGAUUAUGUAUCAGCUAAUUAUAAACCGAUAAUGCCAUUUAGUGUUUGUGCUUUAUCCGUAGUGAUUGAUUAAAUAGCGAUAAAACCAUGAAUAGGUAGGAGGAGUUAUUUCUGUUCACUUUGAUCAAAGCCUAUUGAUCAAGCGAGACAAUCUGGAAAUGUUCAUUUCCACAUGUAACAAUAUGACUAGUCUAUGUGUCAUUCUUUGUAAUUUAUUUAUUUAUUAAUACUAUUAUUAGACCUAUAAGUAUUAUCAAUUUCUUUAAGGUAGCUAGUUAACGUAUUAAACAGUGGGACGGUUGUUUAAACACCUCCCUAGAGAGAUGGAAACCGUUUAUUUAUCCCCCCACCGGGGGGCAACACGGCCAGCAACCCAGAGAGGCCAAACCUCCGCGGGCAAACCGGCUGCUGCUGCUGGGGGUGACCUCUCCCCUCCAACCCGGGCUCCAGCUCCACCUCUACCUGCCGGCAGCUCACCUGAAGGGACCCCGGCGAGCAGUGAUGGACGGAGAAACUCCGGCGUGAAGAAACACCACCAUAAACACAACCUGAAACACCGCUACGAGCUGCUGGAGACGCUGGGGAGAGGCACGUAUGGCAAGGUGAAGAAGGCCAUCGAGAGGCACUCCGGCAGAGAGGUGGCUAUCAAGUCAAUUCGGAAGGAGAAGAUCAAGGAUGAGCAGGACAUGGUUCACAUCCGCCGGGAGAUUGAGAUCAUGUCAUCCCUUCGCCACCCACACAUCAUUUCAAUUUAUGAAGUGUUCGAGAACAAGGACAAGAUUGUGAUUGUGAUGGAGUAUGCCAGCAAGGGCGAGCUGUACGACUAUAUCAGUGAGAGGCGGCGCCUGAGCGAGCGGGAGACGAGACACUUCUUCAGGCAGAUAGUCUCGGCUGUGCACCACUGUCACAAGAAUGGAGUGGUGCACAGGGAUCUGAAACUGGAAAAUGUGCUACUGGAUGAAAACUGUAAUAUUAAGAUUGCUGAUUUUGGGCUUUCGAACCUCUACCACAAGGACAAGCUGUUGCAGACUUUCUGUGGCAGCCCGCUCUACGCUUCACCAGAGAUCGUCAAUGGGAGACCGUACCGAGGCCCAGAGGUUGACAGCUGGGCUCUGGGGGUGCUGCUGUAUACCCUGGUCUAUGGGACCAUGCCAUUUGAUGGGGGAGACCACAAGAACCUCAUUCGCCAGAUCAGCAACGGCGAGUACAAAGAGCCCACUCAGUCCUCAGAUGCCCGUGGACUGAUCCGCUGGAUGCUGAUGGUGAACCCCGAGCGCCGAGCCACAGUGGAGGACAUAGCCAACCACUGGUGGGUGAACUGGGGCUGGAAGAACAGUGUGUGCGACUGCGAGACCCAACGUGACCACGGGGGCUCACCCAUGCUGGCCCGAUUUAUCGACUGGCAGAACCGCACUGAGCCACGUGGUUCUGGAGCAAAGGCUACUGCCAUGCCACAGCUGCUGCGCCAGAGGCCCAAAAAGUCCAAGAAGGAGAACGUGGAGGUUGGACAAACCAACGGUGGAGCAGAGGACAAGCCCGGCCUGAAGAGACCCAAAGGUAUCUUGAAAACCAGGGUGACUGAGGAGCAGCAGUCUGCCGGUCUGGAAGAAGGGGAGUGUGGUCAGGCUGUGCUGCCUAAAAGUGCUGAGGGUGGAGAAGAAGCUUCGAGUCCAGAUCGAGAGGAAGAGGAGCCGAUUUUGGGGGGAGGCUCUCCAGCUAAGAUGGUGCCCACUCUGCCAAAGAAAGGCAUCCUGAAGAACAACCAGCAGCGGGAAUCAGGGUACUACUCCUCACCAGAGCGCAGUGAGUCCUCCGAGUUGUUAGGGGGCGCCAGUAUGUCACUGCUAGCAACCUCUCCUCCUAAAAGAGUGAUGGGGAGAAAAGGUAUCUUGAAGCGAAACGGCAAGUACUCCACCUACAGUGGGCCCCCGUCAGCGGCAGCAGUGGCUGGAGUCCUCGGCGAGCCUCCUCCCUCAGCAGACUCUGGCCUGUCCCGCAGUCAGAGUCGUCCUUCCAGCAUCGUUGGGGAGGACAGCUCCGUACUGUCCCUGUCGCCCAGCUCCCUCAGCGGGGCAGAGUGGCACCCUUCCACCCCUCAUCUCCGCCCAAACAUCAGGGCCUGCGUCUCAGCAGAAAACCUGCUGCAGCUUGCCAACUUCAAGGGCUUCCAGGCAGCGCCGCCGCUCCAGGGACCCAAGUUCAGCCGCAGCUCCAGAACGAAAGGCUCCCCAGGGGACAAUGGCAGCUUCUCCUUGCUGGGGGACCUGGAGGACAUGACUCAGGUGUACCAGCAAGCCUUGGACAUUAGCAGCAACCUCACCUAACAGCCGGGCGGCAGAGAGAGAAGCAGCAGAUGGGACUGAACAUGACUGUGUGUGUACAGAUGUAUAUGAAUGGCUUUAACGACCAGUGUGUUACUGGGAUACACCUUCUGGGAGGCUGUGGUUUUCCAUAUGAGGCUGAAAUGUUGGAAAUGAUAUGUCUACACACACACAGAGGUACACACUAAGAUGCACUUCUCUGACCAGGGGGAAACGUAGUUAGACAGAGAGAAGGAGCUUGAAGGAGAAAAUGCCACCCAGUCUGCUUUCUCAGCCCGCCCAUAGACUUUGCUGUGUUCAACAUGUUUACAUAUUCAGCAAGAAGGCAAGUUAGAAUCACAAACGCAGCAAACCAGAAACUGGUUGGCUCUUUUCAAAUGCCACCGAUGUUGAGUUUGAGUUUACAAAAGCACCUUAAAACUCACACAGAGCACAUGCUUUUGUGAUCUUUACUUCCUUUAAAAAAAGAAACAAACCAGGGUCUUGUUCCAAAAAAACUGACAUUGCUGAUUAUUUAUUAAUAUUUUUGUAGCUUUUAGUUUUAAGUGCUUAACUGGUGGGUGCUGGCUUAUUACUGGAAGAGUCCAAACUCUUUGUGUGGAACUGACAUAUAUAAUUAUGUUACUCAGUGAUAAUGGGAAACAUAUAUAUACUCAUCAUAUAUAAGUAUGCCUGUGCUUGUAAAGCUUGCAGGCAGAUAUACCUUCAUAAAAGCAUAUCUCCUAUAUAUGUGUAUGAUACUUGGGAAUAUGUAGGAAGUGCCUUUUGAUUCUUACACAUAUUAUGUAUGUCAUUUCCUAAAAGUGGAGGGAAAAGCCAGGCCAACCUGUCGCCAGUUGUGAUUUUUUUUUUAAGUGAUGAUUGUGAAUGUGGAGAGACCCAGGGCCUUCUGCACACGUUUUCGGGGUUCAUUUGUUUGGAAAAGGGUUGCCAAAAUGUUUUAUACUUUUUGAUUCCAUGUGUUCAAAUGCUACCAUUUCAGUUAUUUUAAUUUUUGAUUGUACCGAGAAGUACUAAAGCUUUAAAAUAACUAUCAUUUUAUGAGAUGGGUGUGAAGAAGAGGUUUAGGUCCAUAAAAAUUGCUAGAAAAUGAGAGGCAUCUGAAUGCAGACCUGUAUGGUGGGGUUAUUUGGCUCAUCUGUUGCAGACCUCUACAACUGAGCAUCCUCGAUUGUGGGGCAGGAAAUGAUGUACUAACCCUUGUUGGGUUGGUCCUUAGUUUGUGGUGUGUUAUUUUUAAUUCUAUCCCCCUUCCCGUCCCUCUCACUCUAACCCUAACCUUUAGGAUUCGAGUGCCUAACCAUAAUCCUCUUUGGUUUUUCUUUAGUUUGUGAUGUGUUAUCCAUGAAUUAUCCCCCUCCCCUAACCCUAACCUUUAGGGCUCGGGUGCCUAACCCUAACCCUUUUUGGUUUUUCCUUACUUUGUGUUGUGUUAAAUUUAAAAUUUGUCCCCCUAAGUAGAUUUUUUAAAUUUCUAUUUACAAAGUUUAGCAGUUGUGAAAAAUAGCCACACACCAUAACCUCAGACAGCGAGCUGAAAACAUGUCAUCCAGUAAGUCAUUCUGGUUUCAGCUAGAGAAAUGUAUGUCACUUCCUGCCCCACAGUCAUUGUCGCCCCAUUGUAGAGGACUGUAGCCAAAUCCUCAACAAAGUCCUACACACUGUCUAGACUGCACAGAAAUACUGGCAGCAUUUCUGUAGCGCAUGUGUUGUCAAUGUUUUUGUCCAGUUUAGACAUACUUCCAAGAGUUUCUCUGCAUCUUUUAGCAUGAAAAGGCCCAACAUUGGGUGCCUUAGACUUCUACUUUUGUUCCACAAUCACAGUUAAGUUUCAAAUUCUGGUAUCAUGGCAGCCCUAGUCCAUGUCAAACAGUCUUGUCUCCUCCGGGUUUCUUCCACACACAAAAACAGCCUUGAAAAAGAGCUCCUCUGUGUUCUUUGUCAGUCUUUAAGCCCAGUGUUUGGUUUGUCAGCAGUUUAGGUAGCUUGGUUGAGCACAGAUUUGCAGGGGUCUGGAGGGACUCACCUAGCGGGACACUAAGUGAAGGGAGAUGGUGCAGACACCAUCUCACAGUCCUGGAAUGUGCCUGGCUCUUUGAACCUUGGUUCUUCACAUUUUUUAGCGCCUGUCUGCCAAAACAGGCUGUUUGUUGAGAGAUUCUGUGUUUUAUUUUCUACCAAAGACGCUCAACGUGAGGUUUUCAUUGUCAGACGUGUUAAUAUUUCACCCAAAUCUCUUCAAAAACAGCCAAGUAAGGCUGUUUGUUUUAGCCUGCUGAUGACACAGCGAAUUCCUCAGACAAAGGGCGGAGACGUGUUGGUGCUCGAGAUCUCUAUCAGCACCAGCCAGACUCAGCACAGGUGGGAUUUGUGGUGCGUGCUCAGCCCUCCAGCUGUGUAUACUAGUCCAUUAUGUCAACCAAGCACAAUUAGCCAGCUAUUGUUUUCAUUUGACAGUAAAAGAGGGAGGGAGCGUGUAGAUAUUUACAGCUAGAGAGAGAAGGAAAGAGUGAGAAGAAGUGGUGCAUGGGAAGAUUAGAGUGGACUUUUGUGUGGUGCACAGGAAAGGUCAAGGUGUUAGAUUUAUUUGUUUUGAAGGAAUCGUUAUGUAGAAUAGUGAAAGUAAAGAAAGUGAGUAGAAAGAGUAGAUGGUAAGUUUUUGUUUGAUACCAAAGAUGUGAUGAAGCUUUGGCAACGUGGGUUAAGGGACAACCAAGGGUCAUUUUAUGGCUUUUUCUUUAACUUUGAAAUCCCCAUUGGUGAAAGAAAUCAUCCCCACUUUGGCUUUACCUCACGUUUGUUUAUUUUUUCUUUUUAUUUGAGAUGCUGGAGGCUGUUGAUACAGCUUGUCUUUAGGGUCAAGUCAGAGUGUGAUCUGCAUAGGUCUCAGAAAGUGCAUUACAUUUUUAGGCAACAAAAGAGGAGAUUGGUGACUGACAUCAUCCAAAAUAUCAAAUGAUGUGGAUGGAAAAGCAUGCAAGGAGAAGACCCGGAGGAAAAAAGAUCAUGUUGAAUGUUUUUAGUGCUUCUCUGGUGUGAAGGAAAGGUCCUGGGUAAUUGGUUCAAAUGAAAGACCCACUGCAUAUUAUAUUGCAUUUUAUUGCCUUUUUUGUACUGCAUUUUAAUUGUCAACUGGAUUUACAGUGAGAAAAUUAUACUAUGUUAGUAUUUUGUUUUAUUAUGCUUCUGUUUUUGAUUUUCCAAAAUAUAAGAAACUUUAUAUUGCUUUAUGUUAUGGCAGAAGAUACUUCCUUCCUUGAAGUAAUGGAAUAUUUCUCAAGAAAACAGUGGGAGAAGCCAAUGAAAAUCUUCCAAAUAGCAAAAAGAAUACUUUUAAUCGAUUGGAGAUCAAAGAAAAUGGUUUGAAAUAUCAAAAUCUGGCUCUAAAAAGUGCAUUUCCACCUCUACCUAUGCAGGAGAGGGGCAAACUGUUGGAAAUGAAAAAAACAAAUAAAGCAAUGAAAAGGAUCUCAAAUUUUAGCUCUGCCAAACUGGAACUAAGUGGUGCAUAUCUGUUAGUUAGCAAAAAGUCUAAUCAUAGGAAAACUUGACUGGAUAUUGUUAUGACAAUAAUAAUAAAAUAGUAUUAUUAUGUUAUUUAAGUAUUAUUUUGGUAAUUGCUCAUUACUAUUGUCGGCUUUUGCCACUUUUUUUUUUUUUUCUUUUUUUUUUUUUGGUGAUCCUGGACUGCCAAGGUGGAUUAAGUUGCGUGCCUUUGGUAUCUUUUAUGAAACUUUUUUUUUUUUUUUUGAUAUUGAAAAUUACUAUCAAUGUGUUUUUAUACUUGUAUUUAUUGAUGAUCAAGCCAUUUAAAUCAUUGUCAAAAAAUACUCCCUGUUCACGCUUCGGCCUGCUUUGGACUGUGUUCAGGAAAAACUGCACAAAAAAUGUGUUUGUUCAAAUAGAAGUGGUAUCAUCUCAUUGUGAAAGCAGUGGCCAAGUGGGUGUUUUUAAGAGUAACAAAACAGUAGGAGUUUCUCAAAUUCCAUAACAUGUCUUAAUUCAUCCAUUCGGGUGUAUUUCUACUCAAAACAAUGCCUCUGUAGUACUGUAUCAACUCAAAUAAAUGGAU